CUGAAUAAAGCAAUAGUUAGUGAAGAAAAUGUGGGAAAAGUUUUAUAUUGCAUAAAUGGCUUAUACUUUAAAGAAAAAUGUGGGUUUAGUUUUGAUAAAGCCUGACCAAUAAGAAUCAUUUUCAAGUCACUGUGGAGUGGCUUUACUGCUGUAAAUAAUCCUGUUGGCCACAUCCCAGUACAGUGCAGAUGAGAAGAGGAUGAAGGAAAUUCUGUUGUUUACAUAUGUGUCUGUAACACUGAAAAGCAAGAGGAGCCCAGCAAACUCGGAGGGAGUGAAAUUAGAUGAUUAAUCAAAACACUAAUUUAGGCUUGCUUCAGAAACUAAUGGAAGAAAUGCAGGUUUUUGAGACCCAACCAAGACAACCUUAUGAAUUGGCUGGAGGUUGCCAACCAGAUGGCUAUUUGUGUAAUUCAAAUCUGCUGUCUCAAAGUUUCUACCCAUAUUCAUCUUAUUAUCCAUACAUGCAUAAGAAUUACAGCAGUGACUGGGAAAUUUCUGAAGCAGUAAAAAUUCAGGAACUGGAAGAAGUCAAAGCCAGAGCUGCCCAAAUGGAGAAGACCAUGCGCUGGUGGUCAGAUUGUACUGCUAACUGGAGGGAGAGAUGGAGCAAAGUUAGAGGAGAAAGAAAUAAAGCCCAAGAGGAAGCAAGAAAAUUGGGAAUCAAAUUAGACAAUGUUAUAAAAGAACUGAGUAUGCUUAGAAAAAUAAAUCAAGUUUUAGUAAGUGAGAAGAAAAACUCGGAAGAUGCAACUGCUUGGAAAACGGAAUUCAGUUGCUCAGAAAUAUCGUAUAUUAAAAAAGACCUAAACCAGCUAACAUUUCUGGAACGAGAACCUGUGAAUGAACUGAGCAAAAUUAAAAAGAUUCCUGGAACAGAAGACACAAAGAAGGAUGUAUUCAAAGACCAAAGUAAUCACAAUCAAAAAAUCUCUCCAAAGCCUCCCGAUUCCUUUCCCAAUGUUGUUCCCAGCACCUAUUUGGAGGAACAUAAAAAAAGUUUGGACAGUACAACUGAGACAACAGAGAAUGAUUUAAUACAUGUUUCAGUCUUGCAUUUGCAGUUGGCUGAAACACAGAAAAUCUUGCAGAAGGAAAGAGAAAUGAAUGCAUUUCUGGAAAAAGAAAUGGAAAAAAUAGAAAAUGAGUUAUAUCUUUGGAAAUGGAAAUAUGAAGAACUGCGUCAAACCAAUCUGGAAAGCCUGAGACAGCUGGACAGACUGCAGUGUGAGAAUACCUCUAGAUGGGAGAAGAGAGAGAGACUUGAAGCAGGAAAGCAAAGUUUGGAAGAAGAGAAGAGAAGUUUGAAAUUGCAGAGUAGAGAGACAGAAGAAAGCAGACUCAGGAUUUUUGACCAAAGAAAGUUCCUUGGAUGUUGCUGGAAAGUCUACCAAGAUAGUGAGUGA